AUGGCAAGGUCUCUCAUCCAAGCGUGCCGCAGUCUGGCUCUCUCAACAUGGCUGCUUUCCUUUUGUUUCGUGCAUCUGCUCUGCCUGGACUUCACCGUGGCUGAGAAGGAGGAAUGGUACACCGCCUUCGUGAACAUCACCUACGCGGAGCCCGCGCCGGACCCCGGGCCCGGAGUGGCGGGCGGCGGCGGCACCGAGCUGCACACGGAGAAGACUGAGUGCGGGCGCUACGGGGAGCACUCGCCCAAGCAGGACGCCCGCGGGGAGGUGGUCAUGGCCAGCUCGGCCCACGACCGCCUAGCCUGCGACCCCAACACCAAGUUCGCCGCCCCGGCCCACGGCAAGAACUGGAUAGCCCUCAUCCCCAAAGGCAACUGCACGUACAGGGAUAAGAUCCGGAACGCGUUCCUACAGAACGCCUCCGCGGUGGUCAUCUUCAACGUGGGCUCCAACACCAACGAGACCAUCACCAUGUCCCAUGCAGGUGUAGAAGACAUUGUGGCAAUAAUGAUUCCUGAGCCAAAAGGAAAGGAGAUAGUAAGCCUGCUCGAAAGGAACAUCACGGUGACCAUGUACAUCACCAUUGGAACCCGGAACUUGCAGAAAUACGUGAGCCGCACUUCGGUUGUGUUUGUCUCCAUCUCUUUCAUCGUCCUGAUGAUCAUAUCCCUCGCAUGGCUGGUCUUUUAUUAUAUCCAGAGGUUUCGAUAUGCAAAUGCCAGGGACAGGAACCAGCGCCGACUGGGAGAUGCAGCAAAGAAAGCUAUCAGCAAGCUCCAGGUCAGAACCAUCAAGAAGGGUGACAAGGAGACAGAACCCGAUUUUGAUAACUGUGCAGUUUGCAUUGAAGGGUACAAGCCCAAUGACGUUGUGCGGAUCUUGCCCUGCCGGCAUCUUUUCCACAAGUCCUGUGUUGACCCUUGGCUUCUAGACCAUCGCACCUGUCCCAUGUGCAAGAUGAACAUUCUUAAAGCCCUAGGGAUCCCGCCCAACGCCGACUGCAUGGAUGACUUGCCCACCGACUUCGAGGGAUCUCUGGGAGGCCCACCCACCAACCAGAUCACAGGCGCGAGCGACACGACUGUAAAUGAAAGUUCAGUCACUCUGGACCCUGCUGUCCGGACGGUGGGCGCCUUGCAGGUGGUCCUGGAUACAGACCCCACCCCGCAGGAAGGAGAAGUCAUCUUUACUACUAACAGCGAGCAGGAACCAGCUGUAAGCAGUGAUUCUGACAUCUCGCUGAUUAUGGCCAUGGACGUUGGACUGUCUGAUGUAGACCUUUCCACUGACCAAGACUGUGAAGAGGUCAAGUCUUGA